AUGGACAGUGUAAUCAUUGAAAGUACGGAACCCUCAACCUCCAAAAUCGUCUCACAACUCUCAAAAGAUGAAGUACCAAUCCAACCGUGUGCAAAUUUUUUAACACCAUUUAAAGAAAAUUUCUUGUCAAACACUGGUCCUAUUUCAUCAUCAAUGACAUCACUCGAAAAUGAUCACUCAAGUGGUUCAACUGGUUCACUUUGGCAUUUUCAAGAUGUAUCUGAUAAUCUUGAAUCUGAUGAAUUGACAAGAAGCUCUGUGUUUUCAACACGAGAGUCAACAUCUUCUCCAGCACCUAAAGUUUUUCAAACUACUCCACUGUCACGAAAACCAUUGAAGAAAAAAAAUUACUCGACUGAAUUAGAGAGUUCUCUAAUUUUACUUUGCCAAACUAUGCAUCAACGUUUCCAGGAUAAUCAUAAUUCCGAAGUGAUUGGUGGUCCGGACGAAACUUUUGCAAGAUUAAUCGUAAAUCAAUUAGAAAGAUUAUCAUCGUAUGAAAAACAAAAACGACAGCAAGUAAUCAUGCAAAUUUUGUAUGCACCUUAUGAUUCUUGA